GCCUGGUUACAAUCGAGCCCUGUGUGUCUGCAUCACGGUUUAGAAAUGAAUAAAUAAGGAGUGCUAAUUCUAGAAUGGAUUUAUGUUCAAGUUAAAACUAAAUAUUGUGUAUUGUAGUGUGGAUUGUGUGUUUUAAGGGGAGUUAGUGUUUGUCAUGGCGACCCCGGCUACACGGUAUCUACUGCUGGUCGUGUUUGUGGAAGGAACUUUGGGAUUUAACUUCGAUACAGAAAAUGUUAUGAUACUUGACGGACCUAAGAAAGGAAUUCAGUUUGGAUUUUCCUCUGGACUGUUUUAUCGGGGGGAUGACCCGUGGUCGAUUGUUGGUGCUCCCAAAUCUAACAGUUCCACGCAUUCAGAAAUCCCACAACCUGGUGGCUUCUUUAGAUGUCCACUGAAUUUCAAAGCAGGUCGUCAUGUUUCUUGUACGUCGGAGAUCCCAGCGGUCGAGCCUGAAAGUUUGGGUACCGCGAUCACAUACAAACAACAGACUCAACUCUUAGGCUCCAAUAUCCUGAUGAACGACAACAACUUCAUGGGAUGUGCAUCCAAGUACAAACUGACGAAUAGCGAGGCCUCUAAAAAGCUUCUGUAUGCCAUCGGACGAUGUAAUGUUGGCAACUUAACCAAUCUUGACGGGCCAAUGAGACGGACGAAUUAUAAGAAGAGGCCGCUGGUGGAUCGCACUUCUACUUACGUAUUUGGCAUGGGCCUGGUCGGAUUCUCCUCCACAAGUCUCAAGUAUGACGUUCCUGUCUUCAAUACAAUUUUGGGAGCCCCAGGAUUCUUCGAUGGGAAAGGCGGCUUUUUACUGAUAGACAUAAAUGAUUUGGGCCAGUCCCAGGACUAUCUGGUCUCCUCAGACAGGAAUCUCCGUAACUCAUUUGACAAGGGAGCUUAUCUAGGUUAUUCUAUAGGAUCUGGAAGGUUCGGAAAAGCACGUUUGGGAACGGUGGUGGCCGGAGCUCCUCAUUACAGCAAAUCCCAGGAGGGACACGUGGGAAUCGUUGUACUAUUUAACAUUGUACAAAAUGAUUUUGAAAUGCAAACGACGAUAUCGGGGUCACAGCCCGGAUGUGGAUUUGGUGCAUCCCUGAUUGUCCUCGACCUAAACGGAGACGGUCUUGAUGAUCUUUUGGUGGGGUCCCCGUUCUUCUCUGACCAGGCUACUGACCAGGGACUUGUGCAAGUCUACUACGGCACCAACGAUAGAACAAAUAUUCUACGACAAGACGACAAUGACUUGAGGGGAACGAGUACCAUUUACGGACGAUUUGGAAUAGCGAUGGCGGACAUCGGCGAUAUCAACGCGGACGGUUUCAAUGACGUUGCCAUUGGUGCCCCGUACGAAAAUGAACAGAGCGGAAGUGUGUACAUCUAUAAUGGAAACAAACAGAGUAUGAACCCACAGUUCUCUCAGCGUAUAAUGGCUAAAUCGCUAGACCCUGGACUGAAGGGCUUCGGUUUCCAUAUAUCUUCACCACUGGAUGUCGACCGCAACACCUACAAUGAUAUAUCUGUUGGGGCGUAUAUGUCGGACCAAGCAGUCAUACUGAGAACUCGUCCCAUUGUCACGCUUGAUCGAACUGUGACCUUGACCCCAGAGUUGGUGCCCUUGAACCCUUCAGGCCAGGCUUGUUACCAAGAUGACGACCCCUUUCCCUGUCUUUCAUACACCGUUUGCUUCAACUUCACCGGCAGAGGAAUUGAUCGUAUCAAUCUUGAUAUUGGAUUGAGCGUUGAUAUGUCGCGGAAGAAGAAAGGAAAGUCUAGCCGCAUGGACCUUUACUUAGAAGAGGAAAAUAAAGGAGAUGCCUUUGUAACGAGAUAUCAAAUCCAGAAAACUUCUAUUACAAACUGCAAAACAAUUGUAGGACGCGUGAAUUCUCUGGGCCGGGAGUUCUUCUCCGCCAUAGAACAACCCGUGGAGUUUAAUCUGAACUACAGUCUGAGUGGUGAUCCAGUUCUUGGCGAAGUGAUGCCUAUCCUCGAUAACCUUAAAGAUCCCGCAGUCUCAGUUAGCGCGGACUUUAACACGGGUUGUGGACUACAGCGAUGCCGUUCUAACCUGGUGAUUGAGGUCAGUUACGACAAGACUGAAGUGAUUGUCGGCAAAAUGGACGACAUUUCUAUCUCUGUAAGCAUCAAGAACCUUGGCGAGCCAGCUUUCGUCACCAGAGUCGUGACACGGUCCAGCACAAACGUAGCCUUCCGCAGUGACCAGAUCGAGGCAGGUCAGAUUGUCUGCACACAGAAUGGGACCGGGAUGAUAGAUGACGUAGCAUGUGACUUCAGCACUCCGUUCUUCGAGAACAUGGUUGGCCAGUUUGACCUUACAUAUACCUUGGACAUUUCUGACGACGAUAACUUAACCGCCAUUGAUCCUAAAGUCAGUUUCAAUUUGACCGCCACUUCCGAAAGCAGUGAGAUAGACCCAGCUGAUAAUGAUCAUAUGAUCGAAAUACCUGUGAAGAUCAAACCGGAUAUCAUUAUAUACGGAUCGUCGAACCCAGAACAGGCCACGAUUUCCCCCGAUUCGAACAAGCUGGUAUCCAUGGAGAAGACUUUUAAUAUCUACAACAGGGGACCUAGCCCUCUGCCAGAGACCAGAGUAACGAUCGAAUUCCCCAGGAAGAACUUACAAGGUGAUAUACUGGUAUUAUCACAGAACAUGAAGGUGACACCCUCCUCCAAUAACGUCAAGUGUAGAGUUCUAAGUAGUAGUGAGGAUUUAAACGAACAUUCAACAACGACGGUCCCAGGUGUUGUCCAGGAAAAGAUUGUGGCAUCUGAAAAUGUACAACUACUUUCCCAGUCGAUUCAGAAUAUGACGUGUAACAACUACGAAUGUGUACAUAUGGAGUGUCUGGUGACCCGUCUGGACGUGGAUAGAAUGGUAUAUAUCACCGUGAAUAUCAAUGUCACAGAGACGUCACUCACGUUUGGCAAGAACACGGAAAUAUUAAAAUACGUCACCAGAGCUGAAAUCCACAAGCCGCAGCACUCAAGACUGACUGUGUAUUGGCCCCGAACUCCAGUAAAAGCUGAGAUCCUUGUUGACAUCUAUCCAGCGUCAGAACGAAAAGUAUCUGAAGACAUUAAUAUAUGGAUCCCGAUAGGAGCUGGUAUAGGAGGUUUCGUCCUGUUUGUGAUAAUAGGAGUGAUACUGUGGAAGUGUGGAUUCUUUAAACGGAAGAAGCGUGAGGAAGUACAAGCAUGGAAACGGAAGAGUGGCUACAAUGCGAGGCGAACCCAGCGGGGGUCGCAGAGGCACGCAGGCUCCAGUGUCAGAUCGAAGGCAGCAGACCCUGGGGAAAUGUCGUUUUUAGAUUAAUGAUACAGUGGUUCUGAAAUGAAUCUGAAUAAGUGCGAGUCUGUGCAACUGGAAAUUAUGUUUUCUGCAAGGGUGUAGUAUACAAGGGUGUUUUACUGUAUGGAACAAAUGUUGUAGAUUGGAAGUAGAGUAAUCGUUAUGUAUUUACUUCAAAAGUUUAUGUAACUUGUUUAAGUGGAUACAUGAAGCUAUUGAUAUAAUGGGAAGUAUCGUUCUUCUAUGACUACACAAUGUCAGUGUGAUAUUGGGAUGGUUGAUAUUUAAAUUUACCGGUAAAUAUCGUUGUUACACUUUCAUUGUUGAAUGAGAUGCUGAUAAAUUGCACUCUGCGACAGUGGUAAAACAUUGUAUUGUACGCUCGUGUGAGUGUUCUGUGAUGUCGCUUAAUUCCAUCCAAUCAGAUUUGUCAGACACAUUGCGCGAGAGUGCAGUACGAUGUUUUAUCAAAAACGUUGGAAUAAGACACAGUUUUAAUGGCAUGGGAUUAUACUUUAACCAUUCUAUGUUCUUGUUUUGGUACCAAAUAUGAUAAAACAGUUAUAAAAGAGACAAUCUAAAACACAUGUGUUGAAGAUGACGAAAUCAGUUGAUAAACCUAGGUAAUCUACGUGUUUCUCAGUUAUCUAGUUAAAAAACUUUUCAUGUUUUAUUUGCUAGUUGUUGUUUUUUUUUAUUAUUUUUUUUCUGCGAGAAACAUGAACUUUAGAUAUGUCACAAUUGUUAGUUGGGAAACAAGCUCAUAAACUUAUAUUAGUCACUCUUGUUGGCCGGGAUGGACGUGGUCGGAAAGGUGACGUUCCACGCCGGAUCGGGGAACCGAUUUCCGACUGUUUGGGUGGAAGACGAGUUCGUUACAGAAGCGCCACCUGGCCUGACAUAGACAUUCUUCUGUAAAUGAAUAUAUUAACUUUUCUAUUAAUUACAAUUGUACAUGUAUGUAUGAUAUUGUGUACUUUAUAAUGUAAAAUGUAGGAAUUCAGUGUAAUUGUUCCUCACUGUAUAUAAGGAAUCCGAGCGAUUGGCAACAAACUUAAUUUGAAUAAGUGACUUGAUGAAAUUUCGUCGUUUGCUACUUUUAUGAGAUAUCGGAUUUCAAAGCAGACGGAAUAAAGUACCGAUCUGAUUUGGAGAAGUGAUAUGCACAUACUCACCAAAGUCAAGAUAAAACGGUUUCUUUAUGUAAUUGUAUCUUCUCUGAUAGAAAUGUCAUGAUACGAUCUCACCUGCUAUGGUAUAUUGGUGUAUGCAUUUAUUCAAUUUUUAGAGAUUGAUUCUAAUAUUUUUGUCAAGAAUUAGAAUGACCUAAAAGCAAUAAUGUGCCUGUGUUUCACCCAAAUGUACGUUCUGUGUAUUCAGAGAGACGUUACUGAAAAAUAGUAGUAUUUAGAAUUCAAAAAGAACAUUUGCGGAGUGUAAUAUUUCGACUGUUCUCAUCAUAAUGGAAUAUACUCGUUUCCUUUAAUAAGCACAGCGUAAGUUUGGAGGCGAAAUAGUAUUUUAUUAUUUUGGGGACAAAAGAUGCCAUAAUGAACUGUAGCUUGAUUCGAGACAUUCCCUUAUACUGUAUAAUUUUAGUUUCGCGCCAACCCAGUUGAAACUACUUCGCGGUUUUAUUAAAUUUCGUCUUUUAAACAUUCUGCAAAAGACAAUAUAUGUACAUGUAUGUACAUAUUGUAUUGUCGCUUAUAAUUAUUUCUGCUGUAAAUUUAAUGGCCGUGAAUAUAGUCGAGUUAAAUGCGCCACUUAUAUCACUAACUAUAAAAAUCAUCUCAUCUAUGAUCAGUUUUGGACACAUUGCCCAUAGUUAUAGACAUGUAACAUAGGAUUUUAAUGGUGUGAUGUUUUUAUAUAUAUUUUAUAUGUACCGUAACAUGUACAGAUAUACAUUCUUUGUAUAUUUUUUUGUAUUGUUAAGAAAAAUUUUUUUGAAUGUAAACAUAUUAGUUGAUGCAUUGGAAUUCGAUGAUAAACUUUGUAGGAUCAAUUAUGAAUUUUAAAAAAAUGCUCGAAAUUACAACUUGCCCGCUGUAGCAAUAACAUAUGCAUAAAAAUGAUACAAACCGUAUGAAUUAGGUCAGUGAUUUUAAAACAUACCAGACAUAGUAAUAAACAUGAACGAUACAAAUCGGGAUACUUAUUAAGAUAUGUAAACGUUAGUUGUAUUGUUUACGAUAACACUUUUGGAGGUUCCUGACAAUGAAAAUAAGUCUUUAUACAUACAUGAAUACGUGAAUGCUCGGACCAAACUUCACAACAACACCUAAUUGUCAUACUGAAUGUAAUUGAUCCUACAAGUGUUGCUUUUAAGAUCGAUUUUUAGUGACCUCAUUUCGUCCUGUGUAUUUCGAUCUAUAAAUAAUUCAUGAUAUACAGGUUGACAUGUUAGACUCUUCAUCACAUCAGAUAAGUGAAUAACGAGAUUUGUGUGUACGCAUGCGUAUGUGUGUCCGUGUGUUCGUUACCUGCGUCAUUUACAUAUACCUGUACCGUUUAUUCCAAUUCAAUAAUUAAUCGUUAUUUUCACUGGAUGUCUUGUUAUAAUUAUAUGGGUUUUGGAAAAUACUUGGUUCAUUUUUGGUAAUUUCGGAGAUGUUUCGGUGUUUUGAUGUAUCACGGCCAUGUUAUAUGGAUAUAAAGUUCAAGGCCAUUGAUAUUAACCCAUGCUAUAUUGAUAUUAAGUUCAGGGCCAUUGGUAUAAACCUAUGUAAUAUAGAUGUCAAGUUCAAGGUCAUGGGUAUAAACUCAAUGCAUCAUCGUAUUCUUUAUGUAUAUUUAUGGUUAAUUUCGAGAACUGACCAGGAAUUCAACUACAAAUUGUAUGUAAAGAACAUUUUUGAAUAAGUAAACCCUGUAUCGAUACAUUUCUUUUUCCUUUCAGAAAUAGAGGUAAGUUGUAGAUAUAAAGCAAAUAUUUAAGGGAACAUAUAUCUGAUAAAACAUUAGUCACAUGAUCUAUGCAUCUCAACCCAGGCACUAUACAAUGACGUUAGAGGGCACUUUAUUUCAAGGUCAGAGGUUCUGGUGUACAACUACAGCUAUACAGUAUGAUCGAUCUUGAGUUGUUAUGUCACAAUUUCAAAAUAUUUCAUAAGAUUUCUGAAAAAUCACCUGAAUGUAAAUUGUUUUAUUAUCUAUUGUUGAAAUCCCAGUACUUCUCCAUAUUGUAGACAUAUUUGAGAAUACGUUUCCUAGUACGUUCGUGAAUAAUCAACACGAUAAAUGCCAGUACUGCUCAAGGCCUGUAUCAUAAAGUGUCCCUUAACAUGGACAUGUAUACGGGUAGACUCAUUCCUGUCCUAUUUUAAGCCACAGUAUAAAUACUCAUUUAAAUUUUUUUCAAAGAGGAAUAAAAUAUGAAUU